CUAUUUGUUUGUCUCAGGCCGUCACCGCGGAAGAGAGCAGUGGAGUUGGUGAAAGAAAGCAGAAUCCUGGAUCGAUACUCCCCUGGCAUUCGUUUGGGGGACAGCAUCCGCACUCCUUAUCGCAUCCAAGAUCCAUCCUCUACAUCACUGAGACCAUUUCGGCUACUUUGUUGGGGAAGAAGUGCAACAACCGAGUUUGGUAGAAACGUCAGAGUUGUCCAGGAUUUACUGCAUGCCUCGAGUCGAUAGAGCAUGUGGAGUUCCGAUCAUUAUAAGCAACUUUAAUAAGAAUCUGAGAAAGGCCACACUGGGAGGUCUUGUCGUGAUAGGGGGCACUCAUUUCGGACUGACCGUUUCACACGCAUUUCUUGGCCACGCGUUGGAAUUUGAUGGAGAGAACAACAAAGAAAUGUUUGUUGACAUCGGCGGCGGAUUUGACAGCGACAGCGAGAGUGAUUUGGAGGUAGAUGACUGGAGGGGACUCUCUCAAUUGAGCUUGCAAUCCGGGACCAGUGAGAAUGAUCUUCCCGAAUCAGGACAAGCAUCAAAUAAGGACCCAUCAUCUAUCUUAGAGGCAUUAGCGGUACCUCAAAGGAUGGAAGACCUUCGACAUGACGUGGGGUUACAGAAACCGGUUGGCAACGUAAUACGAAUCUCAGAUGAUACUAAUGUAGAUUGGGCUCUCAUCUCCGUCGAUAACAGCAUUGUAGAUCCAAAGCAAGGUAAUGCAAUUAAAAUUAGGAGCGAACUCGGAACCAAAAUCAUAUCCCCGCAGGCUCCAUUGUCAUUAACUCCUACAGUACGACAGAUAUUGGCAAUCACGGGCGACACAGGGGUAGUUGCUGGGACAUCAUCCCAGACCUCGGUUUACAUGCGUACAAAACAUACCCUACGAUUCCAGGAGCUAUAGACAGUAUACCUUACGUCAGAUCUAGUUGAAGGAGAUUGUGGGUCGUGGGUCAUCGAUCACGACAGCGGAGAGCUCUAUGGCCAUAUCGUUGCUGGUCAUCCUGAUACU